AUGGGAUUGGUCGUCUUGGGUAUGCUUGUGAUUGGCAUCAUCGCCUUCAACGUCUUUGUAUAUCCCUUCUAUGUAUCCCGUCUUCGACAUCUCCCCGGACCAAAAGACAAUGCCUUCUUUCUCGGACAGACUGCAAAGUUCCUUCAGGUUCCUUGGUUUCCUGAACUCCUUUGCAAGUGGUCUCGCGAAUUCCCCGAUGCGCCCAUUAUUCGAUACCUGAACUUUGCCAACGACGAGACACUGUUUGUAAACAGCAUCCAAGCAUACAGGCAGGUCCUCCAGACGAAGAGCUCGUACUUUGUGAAGCCUGCCUUUGCGAAGCAGUUCGCGCAUGAAUUCAUCGGCGAUGGACUUCCCUUUGUUGAAGGCAAGCUUCACAAGGCCCGUCGAGCAGCCAUCAGUCAGCCAUUUUCGGCUGCUCGACUCAGAGCCUUCUCCCCCGUUGUUAAGCAAAAGGCCGAACAACUGAUCGAUGUACUGACCCAGCAACGCAACGAACACGGUAACGUUGAGAUUGAGAGCAACAUUUGGAAAGCAGUCCUCGAUGUGAUUGGACUCGAAACGUUUGGCCUUGAUCUUAACCACCUCGAAUCCGACGAGUCUCCGCUGUUUGACACCUUUACCACGAUGAUGCAACCCUCGACGUUUGGCCAUGUUAUCAACUACUUGAACUCACUAAUCCCGAUUCGACAGUAUUUGCCCAUGAAGGAAUGCAUUGAGUUUUCUCAGAGCUACGCCCGAGCCCGGGAGUUCAUUGUAGGUUUGAUGACGAUCCGACGUAAUCAGUGCGAACAAGGCCUUGGCCACGAAAAAAACCGAGACGCCCUCCAGUGUUUGCUGGAACACGCCGACCCCGAUUGGAACGACAAGAGAAUUGUUGAAUAUGUUCUCAAUCUUUUGAUCCUUGGACAUGACACUACAGCUUGUUCCAUCACCUGGGCCGUCCACGAGCUGUCACGCCGACCGGACUGCCAGCAGCGCCUGCGAGACGAGAUCGCAAGUAUGGACAGCACUUGCGGUGUGCCUGUCUUCAGCGAUAUCGACAAACUCCCUUAUUUGCACAACUUUGUGCGCGAAGUUCUGCGACUCUACUGCGCAGUGGCCAUGGCACCUCGCCAAGCGACCGAAGACGUCGAAAUCGAUGGGAUCAUGAUCCCUAAGGGAGCCGUGAUCCAACUCUCGCCCGCGGUGAUGAACACGCACCCUCUGGUCUGGGGCCCAGACGCGCAGGAGUUCAAUCCUGACCGCUGGAGCGAUCUCAGAGGCGACACGAGAAGCGUGUACGCCUUCGAGACGUUUCACAACGGGCCCCGAAUGUGCAUCGGUAAGCAGCUUUCUUUCAUGGAGAUGAAGAUCAUGCUUGUAGAGAUGGUGCGCAAGUUCAAGAUCGAGAAACCUCUUGGAAACGAAGAGAAGCAAGUUGAAGUUGCUGGACCGGCUUUUACAUUGCGACCAAAGGAGAAUUUGGUUGUGCGUUUGGUGGAGAUGUAA